AUGAAGGAUAUUGUAAUACGUUGUUUGUGGUACUGGAAUCCUAAGUUUGCUUUUUCUCGAGGACUUUGGCCUUUGAAUGAUGACAAAGAUGUAUUAAGGUUCAUGGAAGAUAUUAGAGGAUAUAAAUUGAUUGACAUUUAUGUUGAACACAAAGUCGAAGAAGUUAAUAUUGAGGAUGUUAGGUUUAAUGAUGCAACUGAUGAAGAAGUAAAUGUUGAAGAUGCAAAUGGUGAAGAUGAAAAUGUUGAAGAAGCAAAUGGUGAAGAUGAAAAUGUUGAAGAAGCAAAUGGUAAAGAUGAAAAUGUUGAAGAAGCAAAUGGUGAAGAUGAAAAUGUUGAAGAAGCAAACGGUGAAGAUGAAAAUGUUGAAGGUGUCAAUAGUGAAGAUAGUGAAACAGAUCCUGAUUAUAACAUGAGUAAUGAGGAGUACGAGGGUGAUGAGGAUGAUGAGGAUGAUGAGGGAAGUGAGGAUGAUGAGUUGAACUUAGGUCAUGAUAUUGGUGUUGAUUAG